AUGGAACCUCAAAUCACUCAAAACAUCUUCUGCACCUAUGCAGGCCCGCAAGAUGAAGUCGACACAACCAUAUUCUUCAUUUCCGGCAAUCCGGGUCUAAUUGGAUACUACCAUCCAUUCCUCUCGCUACUCGCACAGAACCUAGCAGAGAAGGAGCCUGAAUCUGAUAAGAACCAGUCUCAAAGUCCAAACAAGACCUCUUUCCAAAUCAAUGGCUGCAGUCUCGGUGGAUUCGAGAUCCCAUCGGGAAGUGCCAAGGCAGAAAAGCGUUUAUAUUCUCUAGAGGACCAGAUCAGAUUCGUUCAUCAGAAACUCGAGGCUCUUAUGCACAAAACGAAAUCUGUUUCAAGUUCCCAGGAAUCGGAAUCUGAUGAAAAUGAAUCCUCAUCCCGUGCACGCAGGCAUAAAGUCAUUCUAAUUGGACACUCUGUUGGCGCAUAUAUCGCAAUAGAAGUUUUACGAAGACAUCGAGAUGGAAUUCCCAGUCUUGAGGGAAUCCCUGAAGCGGAAUCGAAGUCUGAGUUGGAGGCUUCGAGGGUAUUUGAUAUUGUUGGUGGUGUUAUGCUUUUCCCAACAGUAAAGGAUAUUGCGCAUUCACCAUCUGGACAGAAAUUGACGACUCUACUUUAUUUCAUUCCGCAACUCGCUCUCCUGGUUGGAUACUUCGCUACUAUAUUAACCGCCCUGCUCCCAUCUACAUUUCUCAAAUUUGUUAUUCGAUCUGUGAUGAAGAAUCCGCCACCUCAUGGCCUUGAGACCACAUGUACAUUUUUGAAAAGUUCUGGUGGUGUUCGACAAGCUUUACACAUGGCUGCUGAUGAGAUGCGUACAAUUACCUCGGAUAAAUGGGCUGAUGAUGUUUGGGGUGUUGGUCAUACAUCCGAGCCUAUGACUCGAUUAUUCUUUUACUUUGGGCGUAAUGACCAUUGGGUUGCGGAGAAGACGAGAGAUGAAAUUAUUGCGCUUAGAGGACAGGAAGGGGAUAAGGGUACUGGGGAAUGGCUUGGUCCUAAGAUGACAGUGUGCGAGGAGGGAUUGCCGCAUGCUUUCUGUUUAUUGCACAGUGGAAUCAUGGCUGGGAAGGUUGCGAAUAUGAUACGAGAUAUCAUGUCUGGUUAG